AUGAGCAACGACAAGAACGGUGCGCUCGCUGACGAAAGCGCCAACAGCGAGGGUAGCAACCGAGGAGGCAUGGACGGCAGCAAUCGCCUCAUGAUGGACAACAGCAGUCGUCGCGAAGGAGGAGAACCCAAGCGUCGCAGUUCUAAAAUCAUGUUGGAAGGAGUGGAAUAUGAUCUUUCCAAUUUGGUCUUGGACGACGAGGAGGAAGACAUUGAAAAUGAGAAUAAUAUUAACAAUACUAUAAUUGCUGCUGAAGAACAAGAACAAGAAGAUGACAAUGCCAGCGCCAGCAGCAGCAGUGCCAGUGAUGACAGUACCAGCGGGUACUUAUCAUGUCGCUCCAAGACCAGUCGAGGCACGAUGAGUCGCAAUGUGAGCAAUGCGUCGACAUUUUACGAACGGACCGUGGAUGUCUUUGACAAGCAAGCCGCGGCGGCCCGUCGUCAAUCGCCGUAUCGCUUUGAUGUGGACGCCAUGCGAACAUUAAUGACAUCCUUUAAAGGAAUUCCGGAAUUGCAAAACAGUUUUCGGCUCAGCAAAAGUGGGGCCAUUGUCGAUGUCGACGAUGAAACCAAUAGUGAACGACCGUCCAUCAGUGCCCAUGACGAUGAGUUGCUAUAUUUGGCCAACGACGACGACGACGACGCUAAUGAUGAGGAACCAAAAAAUGCAGCAGCGACUUCUAUUUCUGCAGAAGCUUCUGCUACUCCAGAAACUGACGCCACCAAACCAACCAACAUUAGUAGCAAUGACAAGACGACCGAAGCAGCUGCUGCAGCAGACGACACGGAUGUCCCAGGACGCUGCAGUGUCAGCACUACCAGCACCAGUCAAGGAAGUUGUGGCGACAGUUACAGCAACAACUCGGCACACAACACUCCAGCAGCACCACCGGCUGUUCCUGAAGAUGAACCCAUUCAAAGUAAUCAACAUCAAAAUUGCACCAAUGCCGAGGAAGAGGAAGAAGGCAUUGAUGAUCUCGUCUACGAUGAAGCUACAGGAACCUAUGUCUACAGAGAGUACGAAUACACAUAUCCCGACAACACCACCACAACUACUACGGAUAUCACCAAUGAUACUAAUCCACCACAAGAAUACUACGACGAUCCCUGCGAAACCUCCACGGAACAUCACAAUCGAUACACGUUGGAAGAAAUGACAGCCGACGCCGCACUCGGAUCCGACGAUGGAGCGUAUGAUGACGAAGAACACGAAAUGGAAAUUUCUCCCGGCAUUUAUGUUCCCUUUCGUGGCGCGAAAGAAACCUGGCAGGCCGUGGCGACCCACACCACCCACGAAUUGGACUGUUUCGAUUGUGGAUUGGCGCUAGUGUGCAUCAAUGACUGCGAAUUCACGGUGUGUCCCGAUUGUCGCGUUGUCAAUCCCGUCUUUUGCGAAGAUCCCAUUGGGAAACCCUUUGGCGUUGGCAUGGGAUUCAAAAAGGAUUGGGUCGUCAAGAAACAACAUUUGCGACGCAUGGAACGAGAACGCAUGGCACAAGAGCAACGGGCCCAUCCGCCCGUGCGGAUGCAAUCCAAACGAAAAGUGACAACGGUGGGACAACCAAAAGCUUGUUAA